GCUGACGCUGGGGGCAGAUGGCCUCUCUCUCAGGCGUCAGGCGUCAGCUGUUUACGAGCACAGAUGAGGGACUUAGUGGUCUGAGGCUCAGUCUCACGCUCAGCCCUCAGAGGGAACGAGAUAACUACUACAAACUCUUGACAAACUCCAAACCUUCAGCUCCCUUUUGGAUUUACUUGGAAUUUGACAAACCAAUGAAGAUGUGCUGUUUCUCACAUGAAGUAAAGGUUUAAUGGAGGACAUGCGUCAUUGCAGGUGCACAGCAGGAAGCUUUUUGGUGCGUGCCUGUGAUUUAGGAGCUUCUACUUUCCCUGGAGCCUAUAUUCAGGAUGUUCCAGCUUCCCUCCUUCAAUGAACAAAGCUAAUUCAAAGCAGCUGCACAGAAAAAGAAGCAAUAAUCCUCCAAGAUGGCAGAGACCUCUCUCUAUAUUAGAGAGGAGCCUGAAGCUGGCUUAACUGAGGUGGACAUAUGCACCCUCGAGAUUAAUAUACAAUAUGAGGCCAUUCCAUCUAUUGUCUGCUCUGUUUGCCUCUCAUUCGGGCUCAUCUACUGCUUUUUCGGAUAUCGUUGCUUCAAGAUGGUCAUGUUCUUCUCCGGCUUCAUGUUCGGAUCGACGGGCGUUCUUGUGUUUUACCACAAGGAGCCCAUAUUUAACGCCCAGCUGGGGCCGGAGACGAAGGCCGGCGUGGGGCUGGGGGUGGGGGUGCUGUGCGGACUGAUCACCAUGCUGGUCUCCACACUGGGACUCGUCCUGAGCGGCCUGCAGCUGGGGAGCCUGCUCUCACUCUCCACCCUGCUGGUCGUCGGACAUUUUCACAGCCUCGCUCCGGCGUGGGGGCCUCUGGCCGUCACGCUGGCCGCCAGCGUGGCCACCGCCGCGCUCACGCUGCGGUGGCAGAGGCUGUUCAGCAUCGCGUACACGUCUGUGUUCGGAGCAACGGUGGCCGUGCUGUGUUUGGACUACCUGGUGGGAGGGUUCAGGCUGCCGCGGCAGACGUACGACGUGUUCGGUCAGGUUUCCCCGCAGCCGCUCUGCUGGUUCAACUGGGCGGUCGCUGGGAUCUGUCCCGUUUUGAGUCUUGCAGGUGUGUUGGUGCAGUGGUGCUUCACCGCAAGAGGAAUAUCCCACACAGAAGUUCCGCAUAAGAAACAGAUGAAACAUGGGAAAAAGCACAAGUGUAGAGAGUCGGUGAGAAGACCUCCGCACUACCGCCGGCGCAGGCCUCCACCCCUGAAGCGCUACGCUGGGGACGUCCUGGCACCGAGUUAUCUCCAGACCCUGAAGGAGCAUCAGAUGGGAACGGGCUCCUCCACCAGCAGCGUCAGCACCAUCACCCACACCCUGAUCGACUUUGACUUUGAGACGGGCUCCAUGGUGCCUCUGACUGCCGCCUCUCCCAUCUUUUCAGUCUAAACGAGCACAGCACCAGCUAUUUGGAAUCUUUUUUGUAAUGUAUUUCAACGCGUGGUUUGAAUUCUCCCCAGACACCAUGAAUGAUUGCAAAACAGGUUCAUGCAGCAUCCACAGUCAGUGGUCAUGUUAUGCUUACAUCCUUCAGCCAGCUAAUCUUACACUGCUUUAUCUUUCAUAGAAAAAUUGUAGUGCUUCUUUUACUUCCAUAAAGCUAACCUGUCCGUGGACACAUACAUAUUAAACAUGUAUCAGAUAUUACAGGAUAGAAGGUCAAAUUUGCACAUCUGUUACCGAUCAUGAUCAGGAUGUAUAUAAGAAAAGUAAUGUGCAAUGGCAUCCAGAACAAUAAACCAAUAAAGCAUUGAUUUUAAGUUCAGGGUUACGGCCUGCAGUUUUUUUUUUUGUUGGUGGUCUUAUGUUAAUGUUG